AAGGGUCUGAAUUGUCAGACAUUUACUAAUGCAGAUUGGUUGACCUCGUUGGUUUUGGAGUGGGGGUUGCAACUGCCAUGCAAUUUAUUGAAAAUUUUCCUGAGAGAACUUAUAAAUCGAUGCUUCUUCCACUUAUGAUAGAGGAUAAGCGAGCAGGUGAAACUACUCGCAAAGGAUUUUAUUUGUAUGAUGAUAGGCGCAAGGCUAGACCUGAUCCGGAAUUGAAAAAUUAUGUUGAGAAGUCUAGGAGCAUUACUGGUGUCACUGUUGAUCCUAAGCUCGCAAAAUUACCUGAAAAAGACAUCAUAGAGAUGAUCUUCUUUCCUGUGGUGAAUGAGGCUUGCCGGGUCCUUGACGAAGGUAUCGCAGUCAAAGCAUCAGAUCUUGAUAUUUCGUCUGUCAUGGGCAUGGGUUUUCCACCUUACAGGGGUGGUAUCAUGUUUUGGGCUGACUCUCUUGGAUCCAAAUAUAUUUAUACAAGAUUGGAGGAGUGGUCAAAAUUGUAUGGAGAAUUCUUCAAGCCUUGUCCCUACUUGGCUGCAAGAGCUGCCAAGGGGAUCCCUCUGAGUGACUCAGUGGAGCAAGGAAAGUCACGGUUAUAAGAUUGAAUAGACCAAUGCAUGUUCAGUUAUUAUUGUUUCUGUUCAAUUAUGUAGGAUUAUUGAAUGCUCAAAUGAAAUGUGAUAUUAGUUUGUAGGAACAUAUAUAUCAUAAUGAUAUAUCUUGUGUAAAAUUAUUAUGUUGUUUCUUUAGACCAACCCUUCUAUAUAGUUAGUUGCUGCAAUCAACUUCUUGUGUUAAGAUAUUAUGAUGCUUAUGACAAUUCAAUAAUUGCAUUCA